AUGAAGAAACCCAAGAGAGCUUCAAUUUUCAAAAACUUCAUACUAAACACCUCUUUCCACGGUUACAGGUUCAUUGCCGAAGAAGGGCGACAUUGGACAGAAAGGUUGUUCUGGUUCGUUUGUGUCACUUUGAGCUGGAUUGCAGCCAGUCUGUUGAUCUUAUCUGCCUACGAUGAUUUCUUGCACAAUGCGAUCAGCUUCGUAGUCGAUACGAAUUUUCUCGAUUGGGACACCAAUUUCCCUUCGAUAGUUAUCUGCGAGACGAACAACGACGAAAAUAUCGCGAAUGUGACCGAUAGAAUAUUCGGGGAUCCUCACGAUUACAACUUGGACGAGUUCGUGAAGGAGCUGGUGUUUUACAAAGGGCUCAAUUUGUACAGUCUCCAAGUGUGCGGGCCCCAAUUGGGGGAUUCGAGAGAUAAAAAUUGCUUCGUCAAGAACUUUAGUUUCUACCAACAUGAGGUGAAAAGUGCUUGUUCGGAUAUCUUCCGCGAUUGCAAAUGGAACAGCGUUAGUUUCGACUGUUGCGCCUAUUUCAGGGAAAUUGAUACUGAAUUGGGCAAGUGUUUCGCCUUAAAUUCGAUGCAAGUGAGAGAAAAAAAUCCGGUGUUCUAUAAAAUGAUCUCCAAUAAAGUAACCGGUCCUGGAAAGUUAGUGCUCGAAAUCAACGGAAUUGUGAACUUGUACACCCUAGGCCCUUUAGAAAUCCCAUCUUUAUCUACUCUAGCUAAAGAUAUCAUCGAACUUGCGCCUCACGUUCAUUUCAAGCGAUUUUUCGCAAUAAAAGAAAUCCACAAUCAACCCGAAGUUCAAUACGUUAGCGUAGAACAAAGAAAAUGCCGUUUCCCGAUGGAAAACGACCUGGAUGUUUACCCGCAUUACAGCUACAGCGCUUGCUGUGCUCAAUGCAGGAAACAGGCUCAGUUACAAAUGUGCCGCUGCAUUCACCAUCUUAUGCCAAAUACAGCUGCGGAAUAUCACUGCAAUUUGGACGGGUUAGAUUGCUUGAAUCGACAUUACAGCGAAAUUUCGAUUCUUAAAGCUUCUUGGUCGAAGAGGGAAGGUUUAGUGUGCGGUUGUCUGCCUAGUUGCAACGAAAUCGAGCUGGCUCUUAUAAGAGACGAUAAAAGAGGCAUGGAUGAGGAUUUUGCGAUGGUGGAGCUUAUUCUGGAAAGGCUACCUACGGAGAGGUUCAAACGGAACGUUGUUAGGGGAAAAUUGGAUUUAGUGGGUAAAUAA